GCAGGAACAUGGAUGGUGUGCAGCUGGCUGACAGAGCUACAGAAGCCAGGAAGAACGAGAAGGAGCCCUGAGCUUGUUGCUAGGACUUCAUUGUGACAAGGCCCUGAGCCUGGGACACAUGAGGAGCUGCCUUGUAUGGAUCUCUUAUUUGGAAAGUGGAAGUGCUAUGCUGCUGAAUAAAUAGCUGUGAGGUGCAGUGAACUCACCCACUACAGAUUCAUAAUCACUGGCAUCACAGAGGCCCACCUGCCAAAAAGUGAUUAAGUCACUGUAGAAGGAGCAACCUUCCUCCACUCCAAUGAUCCAUAGUGUACUCAAGGUGUGGCACUUGUUAGACAACCUCUGGUACAGACCUUAAUCCUCAUGCUUACUUUAUGCUCAGCUUCAACACCAUUAUGGACAUUUAUCUGUCCUUGUGGCCUAUGCACCAAAAGAAGAUGUAUCACCUGUGGAAAAGGACACAUUUUACCACCACCUAACUGAAAAAAUCCAGUCUAUUCCACCAUGUGACACACUGCUAAUGCUCAGAGACUUCAGUGCUAUGACUGGCUGUGAUCAAACUGGGUAUGAAACCCUGAUAGAUCCCUGUGGUUUGGCCUUCCCAAAUGACAAAACCACUCAACUUCCAACACUGUGUAUUGCUGAUGACUUGUCUGUCACGGGUUCCUGGACACUGCAAUAACCAUCAUUGGACCUGUUUUUCAAACAAUGAACAUGCCAUGAAAGAAACUGACCACAUCCUCAUCAGACAUUGCUCCAUAGUGAUAUUUCAGUGGGUUGUCAGCAAUGCAGAGGAAGCAGGAAAUGCACACCAUACACUAGCUGUUACUCAGCUCUCAAAGCAUCUUCCAUCCGCUCACAAGCCAGACAUCCACCACCAGUACAACACCAACAUCUUUCCAAGGAUCCUGUUAAAGCCAUGAAAUGCACACAAGCCACUGAAGAUCACAUAUGUAAUCUCAGAACCCUUUUGGACAACACAGAGAUUAUCUGGAGUGGUAUAUGUAGUGCUAUAUCAUGCUGCAGCAAGCUGAAAUAAUCCGCUUCAGAUGGUUGCACAAGAAACCUUGGCUUUCUAAAGAGGUGUUUGGAUGCUUCAGCCUUUUAACUAAUAUAUCAAGCAGAAAGAGAUCCGUGAAUGUAAACAACUGAAAGGCAUUUUCCAGGCCAUGGUAAAAUGUGGCCGUGAGAUCUACAUCAAUUCCCUAGCCAGCGAAGCAGAGGACAGCCUAAAGCACAGCAAUCUGCAUUCUGCCGACAGAGCUAUCACAUGCUUAGCUGGUGUCAUAAACUGUCUUAACAUUCCUAUCAGAAAACCAAAUGGUUCUCCCUGUUCAUCAGCAAAGUCCUGGACAGAUUGAAAACACAUUCUGAAGGUGUGUAGAACCAUGCACUUGCUGAUGACCAUCCAGAGCUACGUGACCUAGCAAACCAUAGGGCUGCAGACCCAGGGAUGAUUUCUGAUUGACAGUUAAGGAAGUAUAAAAGGCCAUCUGAAAGUUACAGAAUGGAUGUGCUGAUGGACCUGCUGAUAUUCCACCUGAACUUCCAAAGGUGUCUUGAAACCAGUUAUGGGACCAGCCAGAGACAGUUCCUGGCCCCUGCAUCGGGCUUUGCAGGAGCAGAUCUCAGCUGGUUGUCUCUUUCCAGCCAGCAGGAGUUUUUUAAAAUGGUGAGGCCCCCCUACUCCUACUCGGCUCUGAUCGCUAUGGCCAUCCAAAACGCUCCGGAGAAGAAGUUGACCUUGAGUCAGAUUUACCAGUACGUGGCCGAAAACUUCCCUUUUUACAAGAAGAGCAAAGCUGGCUGGCAGAACUCCAUCCGGCACAACCUGUCCCUCAACGACUGCUUUAAGAAAGUCCCCAGGGAUGAAGACGAUCCAGGGAAAGGCAAUUACUGGACCCUGGACCCGAACUGCGAGAAAAUGUUCGACAACGGCAAUUUUCGAAGGAAGAGGAAAAGGCGCUCGGACGCGCACGGGUCCGGCGCCCCAGGAGUGCCUGGCAAAGCGGAAGACAAGAGCGGCGGUGCCUUGAAGUCUCCAGACUCCUCCAGCCCGAUGGGCCUGGGCGCCCCUGCACCGCAGAACUCCCCCGGCUCCGGGAGCGGCCCCAAAUCCUCCCCCACGCCGGCGCUCGAGCGGAGCCCGUGUUUCUCCAGCUUUGCCUCCAACAUGCGGGCCAUUGUCAAUGGGAACCACGGCCUCGGCAGGCAGCUCUCGGGAGAGUUUGCACACGGAAGGCAAGAUGUGCCUGCUCUGAGUUCCUGCGCCGCUCCCAGCAGCGGCGCUGCCCAGAACUCCCAGCUGAGUCCCCCGGCCCACUCGAGAAUGAGCUACUGUGCCAGCGGGCAGCAAAGUGGGCUCAGCAUCCCUCUCAUUAACAACUUCAGCGUCAAUCAGCUGAUCUAUAGCAGGGACGGGACAGAAGUUUGAAUUGACUGUGAAAUAACUUCGGUGCAAAUCACAGAAGCCAUGUUCUGUGCCUAGAAGUUUGUAUAUACCAUGGUACUCAGAACAGUUUCUUGUUAGUUAUUGUGCCUUAGAACACACACGUAUAGACUGAGGUGUCCCCACACCCAGAAUCUUAUUCAGUAGUUUGUUUACAGUAUUGAUACUAUGCAUACAGAUCUAGACGAUUGACCUUAACAAA